AUGUCAGAGGGCUUUUAUAGAUUUCCUUCCCAUCUCAGAGAAUAUCGGCCGGCGGGGAAAGAGGAGAAACCCUCUCAGAAUGCCGCGGAGGGCCGGCAGGAGGGCAGCCCUCAGGCCUGCGGGGAGCGGCCACGCUCGCCAGGCGCGACGCCACCAGCACGGAUCCCGGGCCAGGCCGGGCGUUCACACUGCGGCGGUGAAAUCCCCCCGGAGAACGUGACGUGGCUGCCAGCCAGGCGAGGGGGGCCGGCAAGGGUGCGAGGGCAGGCGGCCCGUCAGCGGCAGCGCCUGUCGGGAGGGCGCAGGGUGGAGUCUCUUACUCACCCCCGGAGCCACCUCCAGCUUCGGCGAAACCUGUCGAGCAGUUUCCCCCGGUGGCAGGGCGGAGGGCAGGAGGGCGGCGGGAGGAGAGAGGGAGGGAGGAAACGCGCCGCCUCGGAACAGGUUUGUCCUUCUCUACCUGCUGACGUUCGGCCGCCCCAGAUGAUGGCUGGAAACAAAACCGCCCCGUCAGUGCGAAGGCAGCCUGGAAAAACUGGUCGUGUGAGGGGCGAGGGCAGCAUUCCUGGCUGCCGCGCAGGGGACGGCUCAUCACCGCGAGAGAGCAUGUUGCCGUCCAGCUCUCCCAGCCCCGGUGCGAGGCCGGGGAUGCUCGCGGGACGGUGGCCCUCAGUAAGUGGCGGCGCUGAGCGAGGAGUGCGGGCCGGGCCGGGCCGGGCCGGGCGCUGUCCCGGGCGCUGUCGCCGCCCGCCCGCCAGUCCCGUGUGUUCUGUCUCGUCCCCAGGUCCGCCGCGGCGAAAGGAAGAGCCAAGCGCGGGGCAGGAGCGGGCGGGGAGCGCGCCCCCGCCCCGCUGCGCUCCCCGCGGACCCUCAGCCUCCUUGGUGCAGUGGUUCUUAACAGUUCAACAGUUCUCUAGCAUAAUUGUGAAAUGUUUAGGACCACUUGACCAGCGAGGCCCGGGCAUCGGCCGGCAGCGGCGGAGACCUGCAGCGCCCGCGGCGGAGCGAGCCGGAGCGGGGGAGCCGCCGGGCCGGCCCCGGGAGGAGGAGCCGGAGCCGGGGCCAGAGCCGGGGCCAGAGCCGGGACCAGAGCCGGGGCCAGAGCCGGAGCCAGAGCCGGAGCCGGCGGGAACGGCCCGGCCCGGCCCGGCCCAGCCCGGCCCCGCAGCCCCCGGGACGGGCGGCGAGGCGAGGGAGGGCCGGACCCUGCACCCCGCUCCGGGGAUGGCGGAAUGA